AUGGAGUCUUUGAGAAUGUCCCUGAAAGCUUAUCAGUCUCAGGUAAAGCAACAAAAUCACCCAGAAGGAGAAAAUCAAGCUCUCUUGAACGACCACAACCAUCAUCACAUGGCGCAGUCCUCUGACUCUGAUGCUCAGAAAGAAGAAAUAGUUGUCAAGAUUGACGCCGAUAAUGCUUCUGGCAAAGAAACUGCUGCUUCUAAAUCUAGCAGUGAAAGUUCAAGCAGUAAUUUUGCAGGUUCAUCAAAGAAACUUAAAGUAUCAUUUGGAGAUGUACUAACCGAAGCUGUUCGGCAAAGAAACAAGGACUUGCUAGACCAGGAAGGUCGUUGUCUGUCUUUAAGUGCUUCUUUUGGGAGCAAGUCAUGGAGGUCAGCCGUGAACAAGACAAAAUCUAGAUUGAUAGACCCACCGGAGGAAAGAUAUCAAACAACUGAGACAGCAGGCUAUGGUGGAGAUUCUGAGGAAGAUCGGGACAACCAUCAUGAAGAAAAUGACUCCGAAGACAUCCCAGAAGAAUACAAGAAAAUGAACUUCAGUGCAUUGACAAUUUUGCAACGGCUGAUUCUUGUUUUAGUCACAGCAACCUUAGUUUGUAGCCUUUCUAUUCCAGUAAUAAGGAGGCAAACAUUGUGGGAUCUUCCACUAUGGAAAUGGGAGAUAAUGGUUUUGGCAUUAAUCUGUGGCCAUUUAGUCUCCGGUUGGGGAAUCAAGGUGGCCGUGAUCAUCUUUGAACGUAAUUUCGUUUUGCGAAAACGGGUAUUGUAUUUUGUUUAUGGAUUGAGGAAGUCUGUUCAGAAUUUCCUCUGGUUAGGUAUAGUCUUGCUUGUUUGGCACUGGAUUUUCGAUAAAAAGGUUGAGGAGACUAGGAAUAAGAUCUUGCAGUAUGUGACCAAGAUCUUGAUAUGUUUAUUGGUAGGAACAUUUAUAUGGCUCUUGAAAACUCUAAUUGUCAAGGUUCUUGCUUCAUCCUUCCAUGUUAACACGUUCUUUGAAAGAAUCCAGGAGGCUCUAUUCAAUCAAUAUGUAAUAGAGACACUCUGUGGUCCACCAUUGUUUGAAAGUCAGAGCAUAGAAGAAGAUGAUGAUGAUGAUAAAGGGGCUAGUCCUAGUGACCUCAAUGCACCUCUUCUUGCCAAAAGUGGGGGUGGAAAACUAAAAAAGUGCCCUACUGUUGGGAAGAGGCCCAGAUACUCAAGGCAAACUUCUAGGAAGAAGGAUGAGGAAAUUCCAAUUGACCGCCUGCAUAAGCUAAAUCAUAAGAAUAUAUCAGCUUGGAAUAUGAGGAGGAUGAUCAAUAUUGUUCGCCAUGGUACCCUGUCUACUUUGGAUGAGCAGAUACUUAAUUCAAACAUUGAAGACGAGUCUUUAUUUCAUAUCAGAAGUGAAAACCAAGCGAAAGAGGCAGCCAAAAAGAUAUUCCUCAAGGUGGCAAAGACAGGAUCCCAAUACAUUUUCCUUGAUGAUUUGAUGCGAUUUAUGGCUAAAGAAGAAGCAUUGAGGGCAAUGCAUCUCUUUGGAGCAACAAGUGAAAGUGAAGGAAUAAGCAAGUUAUCUCUUAACAGUUGGCUGGUUAAUGCAUUUAGAGAGCGACGGGCACUCGCAUUAUCUCUCAACGAUACAAAAACUUCUGUGGAUGACCUUCACAAUAUGUUGAACAUCCUUGUAGCUAUCAUCGUUACAAUAAUCUGGCUCUUGAUACUUGGAGUUAAUAUCACUCACUUCCUUGUCUUCAUAAGCUCCCAGCUUCUGCUUGUGGCUUUCAUCUUCGGGGAUAGCUGCAAGACAACAUUUGAAGCAAUCAUAUUCUUAUUUGUAAUGCACCCAUUCGAUGUGGGUGAUCGUUGUGAAGUGGAUGGAGUUCAGAUGGUGGUUGAAGAGAUGAAUAUAUUAACUACAGUUUUCCUGAGGUAUGAUAAGCAAAAGAUCACGUACCCCAAUUUUGUUCUAGCUACCAAACCAAUCGGCAACUUCUAUCGCAGUCCAGAUAUGGAUGAGAUAAUCGAUUUCUGCAUUCACAUCUCCACUCCAAUGGAGAAGAUUGCUAUAAUGAAAGAAAGAAUUAAAGAGUAUAUUGAAGGCGACAAAGACCACUGGCAUCCCAGUCCCAAGAUAAUCUUGAAGGAUGUAGAGGACAUGAACAAAAUCAACAUGUCAUUGUGGGUUACACAUAAAUUGAACUUUCAGCAGAUGGGGGAGAGAUUGAAUGGAAGAACACUUCUGAUAGAACAAAUGAUCAAGGUGUUCAAAGACCUUAACAUUGAGAAUCGCCUGCUCCCUCUGGAUGUGAAUGUACGAAAUUUCCAGCCUUUGGUUUCAGAUAGGCUUCCCUCAAAUUGGACCAACUAACUAUGCAGGGUUAAAGCGAAGAAGAUCAAGGGAAGGGGACAAUGUGAGAGGUUCAAAUUUGACUAAAAUGGAUUUGAUAUAUGUAAUUUGGCAAAGAAUUAGUACUUUGGUUAAACAACUCGAAUGCCUUUCUUAGUAAUUUGGUAAAGAAUUAUUACUGUGAUUAAAUAA